ACUUCCAACGCGGUUUCGCGCAACUUCAGUCUCCACUCUCCACACUCUCUCUCUCAACGAGAUCCGCCGCACACACGCCGUAACCGACACCAAUGUCUUCUCCGGCGACUCUCCCCGUCACCAACCAGCAAGCCACUCAAUCCCAGCCACCGAUCAACACCCCCGCCUUCCGCACAUUCCUCUCCCGCCUCUCCUCCUCCCUCCGCGCCAGCCUCUCCCAACGCCGCCCGUGGCUCGAACUCAUAGAUCGAACCUCGUUCGCCAGACCCGACUCUCUAACCGACUCGAUCUCCCGGAUCCGCAAGAACCUCGCCUACUUCAAGGUCAACUACGCCGCGAUCGUCUCCUUAGUCCUCGCCUUCUCCCUCCUCUCCCACCCCUUCUCGCUCCUCGUCCUCCUCUCGCUCCUCGGCGCGUGGAUGUUCCUCUACCUCUUCAGAUCCUCGGAUCAGCCGCUGGUUAUCUUCGGGCGCGGCUUCUCGGAUCGCGAGACGUUGCUCGGGCUCGUGGUGACGACGAUUGUCGUUGUGUUUAUGACGAGCGUUGGAUCUUUGUUGACUUCUGCGUUGACCGUUGGCGUGGCGGUUGUUUGCUUGCACGGCGCGUUUAGGGUUCCGGAUGAUUUGUUCUUGGAUGAGCAGGAGCCUGCUAACGCGGGGCUGAUCUCGUUUAUUGGUAACUCCGCUGCUGCUACUUCGGCUGCUGCUGCUUCCGUUGUCGCGGGACGUGUUUGAGAGAUGGAAGUGGAUUCUCCUCUUCAUUCAUAGUUGUUAUGUUUUUGAGUAUAGAUUCGAUAUUGUAUUCUUAAGUUUGGUUACAGUUCUGAAACUUUGAGCUGAUGUAAGAUCAGUUUGAUACUCUUGUUCUCAUCAUUACAUGUGUUGUGUUCUUUUGCA